AUGGCGGCUGCCUCGUCGGCGCAGCACGUCGAGCUGCCCAGGGACCUGGCCAUUCAAAUACACCGCGUCCUCAGCAUACCUCCCGCCCCUGCCUCGUCCGCCGCGGUCGCUACCCCAGCACCGUCUUCGACACAGUCGACGUCGAUCACUGACGCGAUGACGACGACGACGACGACGGCGACGGCGACGGCGUCAACGGCGGAGCCCCCAGCCUGGACCGAGCCGCAGCCGCUGGAAGCCCAGCUAGACGACCUCCUGCUGCAGCACCAGCCCAUCACCGCCCGCUCCCUCAGCCUCGUCCAUGCAAAGCUCAGGCACGAGAUCCAGUCAUGCCAGCACAACAUCGACCGCCUCACUGCCCAUCUCGAGCACGAGACCGACCCGGCCCGCAUGGCCGACGUCCAGGCCGCCAUCGCCGCCCUCCUCGGGCAGCUCAACCUGAUCCGCGAAAAGGCCAGGGAGUCGGAAAACGUCGUAAAGGAAAUCACCCGCGACAUCCGCAGCCUCGACGUGGCCAAGCGCAACGUCGUCGCCAGCAUGACGGCCCUCAAACGCCUCCAGAUGCUCGUCAACGGCGUCGAUCAGCUCGACCGCCUCACCGAGACCAAACGCUACCGCGAGGCCGCCUCGGCCCUCCAGGCUGUAAAGGCGCUCCUCGACUUCUUCCAGAGCUACCGCGGCGUCGAGCGCAUCGCGGCGGCCUGGAAGCAGGUAAACGACCUCCAGACCCAGCUGCGCGCAUCCGCCAUGCACGACUACGAGCAAUUCUUCCUCCACGACCCAGGCCGCGCCGUCCGGCAGACGGGCCUUGCCGACGCCGCCCUCGUGCUCGACGCCGUCGGCCUCGACGCCCGCAACGCCCUGAUCGAGUGGUACUGUGCCCUCCAGCUGCGCGAGUACCGCCGCAUCUUCCGUGCCACCGACGAGGCGGGCCAGCUCGACAACGUCUCGCGCCGCUUCGCCUGGUUCCGCAGGGUGCUCAAGACCCACGACGACGAGCACGCGCCCGCCUUCAUCAAGGCGUGGCAUGUCGACCGGUGGCUCGUUCGCAAGUUUGCCGAGAUCACGACCGAGGACCUGCAGAGUGUCCUGGUCCGCGAGCAGGGCCGGCUCAACGUGGCCACGCUGCUCGAGGCGCUCAACGCCACGCUCGACUUUGAGGUGGCCAUGAGCCGCAAGUUUGGCACGCCAUUCGAGGACGUCGUCGCUCCGCCCGGCGUGCCAUCCAAGCAGGCCAGCGGCCCGGCCGCCUCUGGCUCGCAGCCCGCACCGUCGCCCACGCAGCCAAAGGCCAAGGGCCAGACGCUGUCGUCGGUCUUUGACCCGCACCUCAUCGUGUUCGUCGAGGCCCAGGACCGAACCCUCGCGGAAAUGUUCCAGGCCUACCGCCGCCAGGGCGCCUCGCUGUCGUCCGACGGAGGCGGCCGCAGCGGCGGAUUCGGAGCGGACGGCCUGUUCGGCCCUUCGAGCACCGGUGGCGGAGACCCGACCGCCCCGGGUGGAGGCGGCGAUAGCUCCGGCCGCGCGGGCGGCGAUGCGGCCACGGUGCUGCCGUCGUCGACCGAGAUGUUCUACUUCUACCGACAGACGCUCGAGCAGUGCGCGCGGCUCAGCAACCGCGAGCCGUUCCAGGAACUGUACAACGUGUACCGCAAGUGGCUGCGGAUCUACGCCGACGACGUGCUGCGCGCUGCCCUGGUGCGCCACGACGGCCCGGCGGCGCGACGGUCGAUCGACGUGCGGCCCAACCUGGGCGACCUGCAAAAGUGGUGCCUGGUGCUCAACACGGCCGACUACUGCGCCUCGACGUCGAGCCAGCUCGAGGACAAGAUCAAGGAAAAGAUCCACGCCGACUUCCGCGCCGGCGUCAGCCUCGAAGAGGAGCGCGACGUCUUCACCACGCUCAUCUCGCACGCGGUGCAGACGCUGGCGAGGGAGUUUGAGCUGUGCUCCGAGCCCAUCUGGAACGCCAUGCUGCGGCCGCAGCCUCCGAACGGCACGCCCUGGAACCAGCUGCGCCAGGCCGGCAGCGGUGGUGGCGGCGGCGGCGGCAACGGGCUUCCCUCGGCGUACGUGGGCGAGCUGGCGUCGCUGCUCGAGCAGGUGGGCGUCGUGGUGCGGCAGGACACUGAGAACAAGCGCUUCGUCCGCAGCUGGUGCGACAAGGUCGUGGCGGUCGUCACGGGGCGCUUCACCAACGUCGUGGUGCGGCUGCGUCCGAUUUCGCCCGUCGUCGCCGAGCAGCUCACCGUCGACCUCGCCGAGAUCCGCAAACGACUCGAGGCGCUCCCGCGCUACCCUUCGGACGACGCGUGGGGCCUUCCCGGUGGCGGUGCGGCGGCGUCGACGUCGACCGCCGCAGCGUCGUAUCGGCGGUACGUGUCCAAGGCGACGGGGCGCAUCGAGACGCUGCUCCGCAUCAUUAUGGCUCCGACCAGCACCGCCUCGGGCUCGGCGAGACCAUCGACGACGGCAACAGAGCCGUCGAGCCAGGACAACCAGGGCGUCGUCGCACCGGGUCCGCCCGUCGAUCUCAUCGAGACGUACCGCCGCCUGGUCGGGGAUCGGAGCUAUUCCAACUUCCAAAAGGUGCUCGACCUCAAGGGACUCCGCAAGGUCGAGGCAAACGAGCUCCUCGAUCGCUUCCUCCAGGACGAUCGACCUGCUUCCUCAUCGACGCCCUCCCAUGCCGACGAUGUAGGCGGAGGUUCGGCAGAAGCAGCGGCGGCGGCGGCGGUGGCGAGUGGCGACGAGUCCGAGUGGCUGACCAGGCUGGACAUGGACGGCUCGGCAUCCCAGUCCAUCCUCGCCGCGGUGCACUUUGACGGAACCGCUACGCCGCCGACGAGGGGAAGCCUGCACCUCGGUCGAUCGGGAAGCGGUCUGUUCGCCAGCGGCGGCGGCGGCGAUCUGGGCCGAAACACGCCCCCGCACGGCGCAGCAAGCGGCGGCGGACAGGGCGGACUCGGCGGACAACAGCAGGAUGGUAUUGCGGCUGCGGCGGGGAGCAGGGCACUGAGCGAUCUGAGGAGGUUCAAGAGCAUGUUUGGCGCCGCCCUCGGCGCGGCUGGCCGCAGGGAUGGAGGGGGGGGAGCUGGCAGCAGCGGUGGCGGUGGGUGGUAG